AUGACUUUCGUCUUUACGCCGAAGAUGCAAAGUAUCUCGAACCGUAUAUGGACCAUAACGUCCGCUGACAGUAAGCUGUUUCUCUCUACAUCGAUAUUGAUACUGGGCACAGUAACGUCUCUCGACAGAACUGCGUUGGGCGCCGCUGGUGCUGCUGCCGGAUCGCUGGCUGCGCCAAGUUGGGGAUGCGGGUUUUCGGUCUUUAUCUUCCAGUACUCUCUCGAAUUUACGAACUUCAUGCUCUUUUGCGUGGCACUCAACCUCCAGCUCGUAGUGGUCCAUAGGUGCAACGGACGCAGAAUGGAGAAGUUCUACAUAAUUGGAUCCAUCCUCAUUAGCGGGGCGCUCACAAUACCUCCUUACGCCGCGGAUCAAUACGGAUGGGAUCCAUUGGAGGACGUCUGCUGGUACGGUAACAGCGAAAGGGGCCCCAGAAUAUCAUGGGAGAUCGGAACCCAACUGACAUGGGGCACUUUGACUGCCCUAGGAGAACUUUGCGCAUCCACAACGGUGAUAAUGAUCCUUCUCAUAAACUACGUGCGGGUUCUUCCAAACCAAAAUCUUAUAUAUACGGCUGACAGCAGUGUGUUCUAG